CGCGCAUUACAACAGAGUGCCGAUAUCCAAUUGAGAAUUCGAGCCGCACGAUGAGCACGAACACCGUCAGCGAGAUCACCUAUGAUCUCCCUCCCUUUGACAAGUAUCGGGGACAAGACUCCUUCUUCGGAGGCGAGCCUCCGCUUUCGGAGGGUGUCGGAUACCUUGUUGUCCUCGGGUUUGGAUUUCUCUUCUCGAUCAUCACUACGAUCCUUGUUUACCUGAACAAAUAUUUUGGUGCCCGGGGUGAAGUCACUUCUGAGCAUUUCAACACUGCUGGUCGCAUGAUUAAGACCGGUCUCACGGCCUCGGUUAUUGUUUCCCAGUGGACAUGGGCUGCGACACUACUCCAGUCCUCCAACGUUGCCUGGGCAUACGGUGUAUCGGGACCUUUCUGGUAUGCGUCUGGUGCCACCAUUCAGGUUUUGCUCUUCGGAGUCUUGGCCAUCAACCUCAAGAAGGUGGCUCCGUCUGCACAUACCGUCGCUGAAAUUGUCAACGCACGGUGGGGAAAGACCGCCCAUCUGACGUUUCUCUUCUUCUGUUUCGCCGCCAAUAUCAUUGUGACUUCGAUGCUCUUGCUCGGUGGAGCCGCCACCGUCGAAGCUCUAACUGGUAUGGACUACCGUCUUGCGUCUUUUUUGAUUCCUUGGGGAGUCAUUUUGUACACCGCUAGUGGAGGGCUCCAGGCGACUUUCUUGGCGAGCUACAUCCACACAGUGAUCAUCUACGCCGUGUUGAUCACGAUGAUCUUCCUGGUGUACAUCAAGUUCUACUCGAGUGACCAGAUCUACGAUUUCCUUGACCAGACCGUCUCUUUCACUACUGAAGAGUGUGAAGCUAUUUUCUCUGACGAUUCUGGAACUUUCUUCGAGGCCGGGAAGUAUGCGUGCGGUCCCGUUUCUGGCAACGAGAAGGGAUCGUAUUUGACCAUGAUUUCUGGAGAUGGUCUCAUGUUUGGAAUCAUCAACAUCGUCGGUAACUUUGGUACCGUGUUUGUGGACCAAUCUUACUGGCAAUCUGCUAUUGCUGCCAAGCCCAGCAGUGCCGCCCGUGGUUACUUGCUUGGAGGAGUGUGCUGGUUUGCCAUUCCGUUCUCUCUCGCCACCUCUCUUGGCCUCGCCUCUACGGCUCUUAUGCUCCCAAUUACUUCUACUGAAGCCGGAAACGGUCUGGUCCCUCCUGCUGUCGCUUUCGAAUUGCUUGGCGAUGCUGGUGCCAUUCUCAUUCUAAUUAUGCUCUUCAUGGCGAUUGUGUCCACCGGAUCCGCCGAAUCAAUCGCCGUUUCUUCCUUGGUCGCUUACGACAUCUAUCGUCAGUACAUCAACCCCGAAGCUACCGGAGAUCAGAUUCUGUUCGUUUCCCGGGUCGUGAUUGUUGUAUUUGGACUUUUUAUGGGAUGCUUUGCCAUUCUUUUGUUCGAAAUUGGACUGAGCUUGGGCUGGGUAUACCUUUUCAUGGGAGUUGUCAUUGGAUCGGCCGUCGUUCCCUUGUGGAACAUGAUGACUUGGAAGAAGGCGUCUGGCACCGGUGCCGUCAUUGCAGCAUGGACCGGUCUUGUGUUGGCCGUUACUGGAUGGCUUGUUGCCGCUAAGGUCCAGAGUGAUACUAUUUCUGUGGACGCCCUCGGAACUAACGAGGUCAUGUUGAGUGGCAACUUGAUUGCCAUUCUCUCCUCAGGUGCCAUUCACUAUGUCUACUCCAUGUUCAUCGAUCCCCAGGACUACGACUUUUCUGAACUCGACAAGCAUAUAACUCUCGUCGAACAGGAUACGCGUGGACUCACGGAUGAAGAGAAGGACCCUGUUGCGCUUCGUCGUGCUGAACGCUGGAUUACCCGCCGUGGAUAUGCCUUGACGUUGGUGCUUAUAUUUAUUUGGCCCAUCCUUUCUGUUCCUGCUGGUGUCUUCACCAAGAGCUACUUUGCCUUCUGGGUUUUGGUGGCUAUCGCUUGGGGUUUCGGUGCCGCUUUGGUCAUCACGAUUCUCCCUUUGACGGAGAGCGCCGAAGACAUCAGCAUGGUUCUUUCCGGAGUUUUCUACGCUGUUACAGGCCGUGAACCCAGACGUGCUGAAGACCCGGCCGAGGCUGUAGCUGCGGAGAAAGAAAUUUCGGAAGAGAUGGACAAGGCUGAUGCAGAAGUCGCUGCCGAGAUGGAAGCCUAGGCGCUGUUUUCUUACUUUUUGUAGCAAGGAAUCUUUCUCUCAACCUUGAUUUGUGUUUUGUCUUUCACUUCUGCAAUUUAUGCUGAUUUUGGUCUCAAUUAUCUAUUUUGCUCUACACACCUAUUUUUUGCCCGGGCGGCCGUAAAGAUCAGUACUUUAGUAACAGUUGCAAUUUUAGCAAUUUGUGGUGUGUAUUUCUCAUCAUAACCGUAGCCGCAUCAGUACCACACUGAUACUGAUUCGAAGACUCCCGAGGUUGCAUCAGUUUCAUCCUUGCGUUCACUCGGAAGUGAUGCAGCGGAUGUAAAAGACAUCGCUGAGGUAAACAGUUCUUACGUUGCUGUUUGUACAGAGCAACGACAAUUCUUGAGCUACACGUAGAUCACAGAUAACGAACAUUACUCGG